CACUUCAAUCUGAGAAGUUACAUAUGAGCCAGAGACUGCCGCAAAUGAAUAAUUAAGCUGAAUUUCCAGUCGAAAAGAGCGCUUCAUAAAACGACAUAAACCGACUCUAUCUCAACUUGUUGCGUCCUAAAACCCACUCACUUCCUACUGGCCACUCAAUAAGGCAACUUGCUUCGGCAAUCCAUCCCCCGUUCUGCAGCGAGCACCCCACAAACAUGUCAGAUCAGGCAAACCCAGUUCCUUCACCCAAUAGGAUAUUUCUUGUCCUCUGGCGAGAUGACCAAAAUGGAGAAUUCGUCAUCGUCGGCGUAUAUUCCUCCAUCGAAGAUGCGAAUAUUGAGGCCCGGCGCAUGGGUGAGGAUCUCGUGAACGGAGUGACGCAGGUUCCCAUUAAUGAAACGGAGCCUCUGAGGUGGGACACUGCAGAGGGACUGUCAUGCUGGGUGGAACAACAUGAGAUCAGGGGAUCUCAGAGCGCGGCGAUGUGAUAGAAUGUAUCAAUUUAGUAUUCAUUUAUAGUAGGUUGGGUCUUGUCAGAGGCGACCACGUUAGUUUGACUUGGAGCUUUCUGUAAUUAUUUGUCCUCUGUCUUAUCCGUUCAAUGCCAGCCGUCGUCCCCGUCCUGCUAUGGAUGCGUUGCGACCCGGAGCUCUUCCUUGUAUAAAAGUAGAAUAAAGAAAAGGAAGGAGGAGAAACGAAAGAAGAAGAAAAGAAAGAAAAAAGGGCAAGUGAAAGACGAAGAGGUCAGGAGAAACAGAGAAGCAAAUAGUAGAUUAUGGGCAGAGGUAAAUCCCUAUAGA